AAGUCUGUUAAAAGUCGAAACUCUCAUGUCAGGGAAUCAUACAGAAGAGAAACCGAGACUGGGAGCAAGAUGGGAGUUCUGCAUCUAUUCCUAUGGAUAAUUGCUGCUUUGUCUGUGGCUUCCAAGCACCAUUCAUAUAGAAGACCCAGGCGUAAUGAUGUGGAAAAGGAAAAACUCCCAAGAGACUGCAGUGAAAUCAUCCCAAGAAACAGUGAAAGCGGAGUCUAUGUAAUUCACCCUGAGGGACUCCAUCCAGUGGUUGUGUACUGUGAUAUGACUACGUAUAGUGGCGGAUGGAUUGUCAUACAGCGCAACAGCUUCAACUCUGAGAUUACCUGGGACGAAUCCUGGACCACUUACAAAUAUGGCUUUGGGAAUGUAGAGAAAGACCAUUGGUUGGGAGUAGAAUAUGUUCAUCAAAUUUGCAAACAGAAAGUGUAUCAGGUUCGCUUUGUCAUACAUGAUAGUAACAAUGAAGAGAAGUAUGCCGACUACAAUCUGUUUAGCGUAGAGGAUGAGGCUCAUGGUUACAUGCUUCGACUCGGCAGCUACAGGGGCACCGCUGGAGAUGCCAUGUCUUCCAUACUAGCAGGAACCACACAUGACAACAUGAAAUUCACUGCCAAGGACAAAGAUCAGGACAUUUACGGUGCAAAUUGCGCCACCAGUUAUGGGGGUGCUUGGUGGUAUGCUGCCUGCUUUGCAUCCAAACUCAACAAUAAGAACGCAAUUCACUGGACCGGGUUAUGCGCUGGGAACUGUAAGGCUUCUGCAAUAUUAAUACGCCCUGCUGAUUACUGUAUCUAUAUAGACUAAUAACAACAAGAAAAUAAUGGACCUCUAUUGAAAUCUUAGUACUUCUAUCCUUUACUGGAGUUCCUGUGCUGCAAAAGCGAGAGUACUCACAUAUAACGUUUAUAAGGAGUUUUCAUUUAUCAAUUGCAUUUUUUGUUAUAUGUCCACGUUUGGCUAACUGUCUGAAAAUGAAUAAUAGUCAAUAAAACAAUGCUUGCACUAUUUUAAAGUAAACAUUUUUUUAAAUUUU